AUGGCAAAGAAGUUGGCUUCUUACGGUUGUGUGCAAUCAAGCUAUAACCUGGAAACAAGACUCUUGGACCGGGGCCGAGGCGACAAGGGCGAGCAGCAGCAGCAGCAGAAGCAGCCGCUGUCCGAGGACGACAUUGUGACCGCGUGCCAGGCCGCCAAUGUCGAAUUGGAAAAUGUGGUCAAGCAGACGCUCGACUGGGCCGCCCGCGACGCCGCCGCCGAGCUGGGCUCGCACGACGAGCUCGUCGCCCCGAGGAGGCUGUACUAUCAGGUGGUCCUGAGCUAG